CACGACCAAAUCUCAACAAAUCGGGACCUCCUGUGACUGCUCAGUGAGCAUUCUCUGACCACAACGAUGCAAAAAUGCGGCAGAACACCUUCACGAUCGUGCCGAAUCCGCUGGGCAUGCAAGGCCUCAUCCAGCGACAAGCAGGCGAAACUCCGAGCCGACGCCCGAUGACAUCGAAGCAAGCACAGAAGCUCUACAAGCAGGCAACCCGACAGCCUCGUAUUUCCAAGGCCGAACAGAGGCGACGUGACAAGGAAGAACAGGAACGCAUACGAAAAGAAUUAGAGAAGGAGAAGCAGGCCGCCAAGGCUCGCUCGGCCAGGGAGAAGAAGAAGGUAAAAGAGCAGCAGGCCCUGGAGGACAAGAAGCGGAAAGGCCUACCCAUCGUCGACGUGCACCCCAGCCAAGAUACAAUCUCACGGUUUGUGAGGGGGAACGGCGUGGGAAAGAAGAGAGACUCCGCCGGAAACCAGUUCAAUCUCCGACCGGUUGCCGAGGAGGAAGAAGAUGCAGAAUCAGCGACAGAGGGACUAUCGGACGAGGAGGGGAGCGUGGAAACGAUCCAAACAGAUUCAGAGAUCCCAGCUGCAGCAGCUGAGCGACAAGAUUCUCGGUCAAGAGAGUCCAAGCGGCUGCGGGUAGACGCUCAAGAAAACCCCUCGAAAGAAGAAGAUAGGGGAGAGGACGGGGAACAACCCGGGGAGAGGUUUGCUCCGGUUCUAAUCAGAAAGCUUUCCGAGCAGAGAUCGAGGGAAAGUAGUAUAAACAUCGACGACCCGACCAUCGAGACCAUGGUCCAGACUCAGCUGAUCUCUGAGGCCAGCGCCGCCGCGAGCAGCUCAGUCAGACGGCCUCAAUCACCCAAGGAGCCUCCAGUUGUCCCUCCCACUCACAUCAGCCAUAAUAACGAACUAAAAGAAGCCCAGAAACAGAGUCCUGCCGUACUUAUCAGGGUGUCGAGCGAGAAAAGCCCCAACGGGGCAGUUCGGAACCCCCCUCAACUGCGGCCGCUGUUCCGAGAAGUUCCCAUAGAUGCCUUCCUCAUCCCGGGACUGGAGGAAAAAGCACGAUUAGGACAGAGAUACGUGUCCCCAUUUAGACCAGCGCCCAAACCCCUUCCGAGUGCGAGACAUCGAGCCGUGGCGCCGGUCCCGUCGAUGCCUCGCUUUAAACCACAAAUCCUGACCCCAGAUGGAAGGACAGAGAGGCCAAAAUUCCUCCCUAAGCAUCUUUGCACGCCUGCAUCUCGACCGCAGUCUGACAAGGCUUCCAAGGUGCCCGGACAGGAGUCACAAAGUCUCCAGGCUUCCUCAAUGCCCCCAUCGAGCACACAGCUUUUCGUCCUCUCACACCUGGAUGACUUUCCUUCGCCAUCUCAAGAAGUACGAGAACUGCAGGAGCUGGAGCUUCCUUCGGUUCCCGUUUCGAAACCAGCUGUGCCACAUCCUCCAUCCAUUUUUAGGAAGAAGCUAGUAUCGAAACCAGCACCCGACCCUGGUGUGAGCACUUCUGCCUCUGACGCCAGACCCAACCAACAAGAGCAGACGACCGCCCUGCCUUUCUUCUCAACGCAGGAUUUCGUCCUCUCUUCGCAGGAUCAACGUGAGCUAGAACAAGGCGCGGAAACACCGAGUAAAGCCGGAAAGGACGACUCGAAUGGCACAGAACCCCAGGUAAUUAACAAGUCAGGACAUGGCGGGUCAAAUGCCUUUGGUCGGAGCUUCACCUGCGCUCAUGCUAGGGGUGCAACUCCGGCCGAAAUACCCAAGCAGCCGCAUCCGGCACAUCUGAGAGAGGCUGGUGGGGGUAGCCAGCACCGAUCGACUGCGACCGCCGGUACCAGGCAGGACUUGCGGAGACCAUCUCUUGCCAACCAGAAUGGCGCACAGAAGUCCCAAGAUCGCGCCCCUGGCCGCUCAUCCAGCCGGAUAUCAGCGCGACAGUCUCAGAAUACCCAACGCAGCACCGACGGCGCAGUGCGUGUCGAUGCCCCGACCCAAGCCCGUUCCCAGAACCCUCCCGCCAUCGCCGUUGGGAGUGCCGCAAGACCGCCAUCACCACAUCCCGCACCCGCACGCGACGCAGAAAGCGCCGAUCCUUGUGCUGAACGACUGGAACCCGGGUCAUCCACCGCCCGCCCAGAAAAGGGGCGGUUCUUCACCUCAAGCAACAGGGAGGCCUUCUUCCUCGCCAAGGAGAGGAGCAUGCAGACGUACCGGGAAGAAGAGAGGAGGCGGGAGACCGAACGCCGGGAACAAGAGUGGAUGGAGCAGAAGCGACGGGAGGAGGAGUGCAAGGAGGAUGACUUGGAAAUCCUCAUGCAGCAUGCUGAUGAAUUCGAUAAGGAUGAAGAAAGCCUCGAGCCAGCACGAGAUGGGGUUCAGGAGUCACUCGAGGAGGAGCAGAGCAAAUGCCAUGGCGGAAUCUCCUCGGAUGGUGGUCAUGGCAAAACCGAACUCGAGGCGCAGGUUCCGACACAGGUCAACGCUUCGCAGGAGACGGACUAUGGAGAUCUCGGCUGGGCUGAGGGAGCCAUGGAUGUCCUGGAGAACUUGAUGGAACAGGAUGAUUUCUGGGAUGACGACUUUGUAUAACCAUCACGGGCAUGGAGGGGGUUGGGGCUUUGUAUCAUGUCAUGAAUGAGACGACUGCAUUGGAGGGCCAGCAUGGUUUGGGUAGGUAUAGAGUUGCCGAUACACCCUUGA